CCUCCCUCCCAGCGGUGCACUCCUGCCCCGGGACGUCGCUCUGCUGCCUGGAGCUCACCCUGCCUGCAGGACCACACUGCAGGGCUUCGACUCGUCCACGCCUUGGGAAGCUCCUCGGCGGCACCGCACAACUCCAUCCUGAGACUGCUUCACACAGAAUUUCCCUAGUCGCUGUGCUGGGUCAUGACCCUUGUAACUAAGAAAUUCUUGAAGACAAUGUUGGACAUGAUCCAGGAGAAAAUGUGAUUCGAGUCUGGAGACAAUUGUGCAUGUAUACUUUCCUUAAGAUCACAGAAAACACAUCCAGGGUAGCUGAUUGAUAGAAGAGAAACAAUAUUCAGAGGGUGGCCUAUGACUGACAAGAACAGCCACAGCUAGCUGUUUGAACGUACAGCACAUUUCAUUUGGACUUUAAUGAUGGAUAAAAAUCAUAUACUAUGUUUCCUGUUUCUGUUGCCUCUUUAUGUGGCGCUUGUCACAGCCGCGACAGAUGAAGAUUUUAACCAAACGGAGUUGGGAGUCACUCGAAACAAGAUCAUGACGGCGCAAUACGAAUGUUACCAAAAGAUUAUGCAGGAACCUGCUCAGCAAGCAGAAGGCCUCUUCUGCAACAGGACGUGGGACGGCUGGAUGUGCUGGGACGACGUCGCGGCGGGGACCGAGUCGAUGCAGUACUGCCCCGACUACUUCCAGGAUUUCGAUCCCUCAGAGAAGGUCAUAAAGAUCUGCGACCAGGACGGGAACUGGUUCCGACACCCGGACAGUAACCGAACGUGGACGAACUACACGCUGUGUAACAACAGCACGCACGAGAAAGUGAAGACCGCACUGAAUUUGUUCUACCUGACUAUAAUUGGACACGGAUUAUCUAUUGCAUCUCUGCUCAUCUCUCUCAUCAUAUUUUUUUAUUUCAAGAGCCUCAGUUGCCAGCGGAUUACCUUACAUAAGAACCUGUUCUUUUCCUUUGUCUGUAAUUCAAUUGUAACAAUUACUCACCUCACCGCGGUGGCCAACAACCAGGCCUUGGUGGCUACAAAUCCAGUGAGCUGUAAGGUGUUUCAGUUCAUCCAUCUCUACCUGAUGGGCUGUAACUACUUCUGGAUGCUCUGUGAAGGCAUUUACCUGCACACACUCAUCGUGGUGGCCGUGUUCGCGGAGAAGCAGCACCUGAUGUGGUAUUACUUUCUUGGCUGGGGGUUUCCUCUGCUGCCUGCCUGCAUCCACGCCAUCGCCAGGAGCUUGUACUACAAUGACAAUUGCUGGAUCAGCUCAGACACUCAUCUCCUCUACAUAAUCCAUGGUCCGAUUUGUGCUGCCUUACUGGUAAACCUCUUUUUCCUGUUAAACAUCGUACGCGUUCUCAUCACCAAGCUGAAAGUCACGCACCAGGCGGAGUCCAACCUCUACAUGAAAGCUGUGCGAGCCACGCUCAUCCUGGUCCCGCUGCUGGGCAUCGAGUUCGUGCUUUUCCCGUGGCGGCCGGAAGGAAGGGUGGCGGAGGAGGUGUACGACUACGUCAUGCACAUUCUGAUGCACUAUCAGGGUCUUUUGGUGUCUACAAUUUUCUGCUUCUUCAAUGGAGAGGUUCAAGCAAUUCUGAGGAGAAAUUGGAACCAAUACAAAAUCCAGUUUGGAAAUGGCUUUUCCCACUCGGAUGCUCUCCGCAGUGCUUCCUACACGGUGUCAACCAUCAGUGACAUUCCUGGAUACAGCCACGACUGUCCCACUGAACACUUGAACGGGAAAAGCAUUCAGGAUAUUGAAAAUGUUGCCUUAAAAACAGAAAAAGUGUAUGACCUAGUUAUGUGAAAAUACAGAGAUCUCACCUGAUCUGUGCCACACGAAGCUAUGAUAUGAUAGUCGGAAGGUUUGAUAGCAAGUGUUGUGUUGAUAAUGUUUAACAGUCCCCUCUCUCUCAGUGGGGAAGGCCUCAAUCCACACCACUGGCCAGUAAAUCCUCCCACUGUAGCUGAUUUCAAGUUACCAACCUGACACCGCCGGCUGUGGAACUGGAAAGAAAGAAAGAAAGCACAAUCAACUCUUGGGAACAGACAUGCCUUGGAAACCACAACCCUGCAUGAGCUCACAGACGGAUGACCGCACGCUCACACACGCACAGAGCAGCGUUCUGCUCUUCUCGCCUGAGGAGACCUCACUCUGUCUUACAGACACGAGAGGACAGUUUGUUUUUUGUUUGUGGUAAAACUCUGUCCUAUUGACAUUUGGUAGCUGUGGAUGGUUUGCUCAGAAAGACUCCUACCCUCUUUAGAACUUCCCCAAUGGACUACACGAGGUUCAUUAUUUCUGUCACCUCAUGCUCUUCUCUUUAAGAGAAGCGGCUGAGCAGAACUCCCACGGGCUUCUCAGUUGCUGCUACAUACACUUGUAUCCUGUGGCAUAUCCGUUUUGACACUUGGUGAGCAAAAUCUACAAUAUACAAUCCCUUUCUGAAUCACUAGGGAGAUAUAUUGGUAGAAGCUACAAAUACUUUUGUCAGCUACUUUUUUUUUUUUAAUCUUACUGCAUGUGUGGGAGGAAAUCAAUUUUCCUGAAUCUGUAAAUAGAGACUUUGGCCUUUCCAUUUCUACUGUGUAGACAAGUGAUCAAUCAUUUCACAUGAAGGAUUUCUUUUUAUCUUGAAAAUCUGAGAGAGAGAGAGCUUUUGUACAAAUGAACCUGUAAAUACUGUCAGUUUAUUUUAUUGUUUCAAUUCAAAACACAACUUAGGUAACUGUUUUAAAGCAGAUAGAUAAUGCAACAUCAUAGGCGAUGUGGUUUCUGAUGCCGUGUCUGUGCUGACUGCGUAGUGAAUAGAGCCCUCAAGUCUGCAUUUGGCAAAUAUUUUAAGGACAACCAGACGCCAGCAUCAGAGGUUUAAGAACUAAAAACAAACUCCAGAAACAUGAAUGAUCAGCCAGGAAAUAUUUAUUUUAAAAUGCAAAACCAUAAUCAUAUAGCACAUUAUCUUCGGUGUGCUCAUGUAUUGCUUCUUCCAUUUUGAUGACAACGCAUUCAAAUCCAGAACAUUGGAACAACCACAGUUGUUCACAGAAAUGCUAGUCUGCCAUGUGUGGACUUCAGUUCACUAAAAUAUAGCUUUUCUGACUUUUACUAAGGGAAGAUAUGAGGUCUUGAAAAAGACACAGGUUAUUAUUAUUUUUUUUAAUGAACCACAGAGGAAUUUUCUCUUUGUAAUACUCACUGUUUUAGCAUUUCAGUAGACUACUGUGGGCGACAGUACAAGUCAGGGAAAAACUUGGCCUUGUCAUUGAGGAGAAACUGUCAGGCAUUUAGGUAAUAAUUAAAUUAAGACAGAAGAACGCAUUGCUCAUGAGAUAAAGUGGCAUUCUAAAUGGAUUUAGUUUUUCUAAUGUUGCUUUCUUCUGGAUUUUCUGAGGAACAAGAUUGACUUAAGUUAGGAAAAGUCAUUUUGGGGAAAGUCACAUGUAUGUGUCUUUUUGAAGUGUUUCAGUCAUGUUACAAUGGACGAAAGUAAUAAUUUAGUUAUCACCACUUGUGUCUCAAGAUAGCGAAUUCAGAAGUUCAGAAGUUGUUUGAAGUUGUUAAGGAAAACAAUUCAAGUUAUCAAGAGCUGACAUAUCAGCUGAUCAGGUAGAUAUAUUUGUAAUUCAUUUAUAUAGGCACAAGGUAUUACUAAGUUAGUUUGAAUUUUGUGGAUUUCAUGCAAGCCAUCACUAAAAAGGAUUGCAGGCCGUUCUGAACUUGCAACUGCCUAAACUGUACAGAACUUCCUUUUAAUACACUCAAAUUUUAGCUAUUUAUUAUUCAAAGGCACAGAUUUAUAUCUUUGCUGACAGUGUUCAUGAAGGUUCUGCAUUCUUCCAAACAAACUGUCAAGCAUUCACCAUAAAUGACAGUGGAGAAAGCUGAACUACUAGAGAACACAAUUAAGGAGUAUUAUAAUUUGUAACUUUAUUAUUCUUUUAUCCUACUGAACGUAGCUGAGAUUUCUUUACUGCCGACAUCUACUGUGGCAUAAUCCUCAGCCAUAUCCAUCUGAGAUCAGCCAGUAUUAGUUUUUGUAAUAAUAUUUUGAAGCUAGAAUUCUCUAAAGCUCAAGUGCCAAUUAAAAUCUUUCUGUGUUGCUUGUAAAAAAACAAAAUAUGACAUUUUUUAAACAAAACUUCUCUGGUGCCUAAAAACCAAAUUUUUUUUUUUGGGGGGGGAGGGGAGAUUUCUAGCUUUUUAACAGUUAGAUGUAUCCUUUCUCUGUAAUUAUUUGUUAAAGUCAUGGCAACAUUUUAGAAGUGACUUUGUAAUCCCGGAGUUCAGCAUUUGUUCAGCUAUAACAAACUGUACACAGUUUAAUAGUCCUCUCUGCGUUGUUCUCGCUGUUAGAUAUUUUAAUGUGAAUCUGUCUCAAUUUCUUUUGUGUUUUAAUUUGCGCAUAGAAACAUUAUCUGUAAAACAUAUUCGAGCUGUUCCAGUCACUUCAAAGAGCUCCUGUUACAUCUACUUAAAUCUCUAUUUAGAUUUUAUGAGAAUAUUAAAGUUGCAAGUUAACACUGAGUUUUCACUCAUCUUCCUGGACUACAGAGUAAUUCAGUGUCUCACGAAAUUCUUGCAGGAAUUAAAGAAAUACCUUGCAAAAUAAAUGAUGAUGUCUUUAUUCCUCUCUUUAAAGACUUCAAUAAACUAGUAAGUGAAUUUAAUAAAUUAAUUUGAAAGA